AUGGAGUCUUUGGAACAGCCGAUUGCUCGUCCUAGCACGAACUUCUACGACUUACCAGCCGAACUGGUGGAACAGAUACUCUUGGAGCUAGACCCUCUGCACGUCGGCGCCUUCGCACAGACCUGCAAGCACUUCCAUGCCUUGAUCUAUGAAGCGCCCGACUCGCAUCUGUGGAGACACCUAUACCUGCAACAGGACCUCGACGACCCUCGGCGCUGCCUUUCGACGCUUCUCGAACCUGCCGGCGAGAUCGACUGGCGCGGGCGCCUAACGCGCAUGAAGCGCGCGCAGGUGGUCGCGAUGGAUCCGCGCCUGUGCAAGCCGCACGAACGUGAAGAGGUGCUGCGCGCGCUUCUGGAUCUCGCCUGUCAUGUCCCUCCCAUGGAUGACAUCAACUCUGAGGACAUAGCGCUCAACCAUCUUUGGGUCGCUGCCACCUUGCGUGGGGGUGCCCUUCUCGAACAGAAGUUGUGGGAGCCUUCGGAGGAGGAGCUGCAGUUGCGCGCGCAGCUACACGCCAUGUACGGCCUCACUCGCAACGAUGUAACCAAGCCCGGCCGUGUUGCCGCACGCGCGCGGGUGUACGACUUUCGGCGGUACUCGUACGCGAAUUACUUCGGGCCGUUUCGAUCAGACGGUUCUUGGAGGGUCGAUUGGGAGCAAGUCCUGGCCAUACACCACUGUAUCAGCGUGCAUCUCGUCGACAUACCGGAGGAAGCUGAAAAUUAUCGUUAUGCUAUCUUCCCCCUCAGCAUGCCGUUCUGCCAGCCCAUAUUAGACGCGCCCGUAGAACAGCUCGGCCGAGAUUGGGCCGGCCUUGAAGGCAGCUGGCAGAUAGUAUUCUGUUUCAUGGAUCAUCACGCCCUCAUCGCGUAUAAUGGAAUACAGCACGGAGAUGACCCCGACGGCCCACUUGACCCCACCCUCGUAACCGAGCCACACUUCAUGGAAGCCUUCCGUGCGAUUGCCUGUGAACUGCAUGCGUCCGCGUUCGAGCCCGACCCCUUGCAUCCCAACCACCCACGGAUACGCCUGGUAGGCACAUGUGGGCAGUACACCCUCGUUGGUCAGGUCGAGCUCACGCGGCACGGCGACGUACGCUGGCACUUCACCUUCAAUGAACCUCAGGAUGGCGGCGAUAACGGGACACCGGUCUGGAGUUGCGAAGGCGUGCAAGUUGGCAGCAUACGUUCGCCAUAUGGUGUGCUCGGGAACUGGACGACCGUCACUCAUGAUAUGCAUGAUCCAAUUGGCCCGUUUUGGGUGCACAAAGUCUUCGAGCCCAAGACCUUCCGGACGUCUAGUGCUGAUGACAACACCAUGUAG